AUGAAGCCCGCCGUAGCAGCGGCCUUUGCGGCCUUGAUGGGCGCCACGGCCGCCAAGGACGAACGCACCUUUGCUGUCCUGCGCUUCAACAACAAGCAGCUGACCAAGGGCCGUAUGGACCCCAUCCGCAACCCGGGCGUGACGUCGGCGCACGUCCACAACAUCCUCGGCGGCAGCGGAUUCAGCACAAGCGCCAAGGGCCCGGACUUGCAAAAGGCAAAGUGCACCACGGCCAAGGUCAAGGGCGACAACAGCAACUACUGGUUCCCCUCGCUGUACUUCAGGGACCCCAAGACGGGCAAGUUCGAGGAUGUCGAGCUCUUCUACGCCAACGCCUACUACUUCUUCGAGGCCACAAACGACGACAUCAAGGCCUUUCCCCUCGGCCUCAGCAUCAUCAGCGGCGAUCCCGACAUGCGCUCACCGCCCGCCGCCGGCGCCGUCACCAACCUGGAUCCCUCCAAGGGGCCCGUCAACCCCAUCAAGUGGACCUGUCCCCGCGACGGCAACCGCUACGACCCGCCCUCGUGGCCCGCCGACUCGGACGGCACGCUGGCUGGCAUUGGCGAUCCCGUCAACAAGGGCGAAGGCGUCGGCUUCCCCGACGUCAACUGUGACGGCUUCGCCUCCCCCCUCCGCGCCGACAUCCACUUCCCCUCGUGCUACAACCCCGACGCCGGCCUGACCGACUACAAGAGCAACGCCGUCUUUCCCACUGAGAGCGCCGGCGGCAAGCAGGAUUGCCCCAAGGGCCAUGUCCACGUGCCGCAUCUGUUCCUCGAGAUCUACUGGAACACGCCGGCAUUCAAGGAUCGCUGGGAGCAGGGCAAGGACAAGCAGCCUUUCAUCCUCUCCAAUGGAGACUCUACCGGCUUCAGCCUCCAUGCCGACUUCAUGGCCGGCUGGGACGAGAAGGUGCUGCAGCGCAUCAUCGACACAUGCAACGCGGGCACUGCCGGCAUGGACAAGUGCCCCGACUUGCCCCUCGGGCUCAACGAGGGCGACUGCACCAUUGAGUCUUCGGUGAACGAGAAGGUCGAUGGCGUCCUCGACUCGCUCCCUGGCAACAACCGCGUCUCCGGCUGGGCUUAUGGCGGAAGCAAUAGCUCCAGCCCGUCUGCCGGCGAAAAGCCCGCAUUGACCCCGAGCGCCUCCCGCCCUGACGCGUCCGGCCAGCCGACCAACGGCAAGGUCAGCCCGAUCAAAAGGGUACAGGAUAAUUCGCAGAUCAACUCGCCGGUUAUUAAGAAGCCAGCCGAGCCGUCCACGGAGUCGUCGACGCACAACACCAACCCUGGGCCGACUGCAGACCCGGAAAAGGAGGCCCCCGUCCCGUCUGAGUCCGCCGAGGCGUCGUCGCAUUCGGCCCCUGGCACUCCAUCGCAGCCGACUGAUGCCGCCGAAUCCUCCGAUUGCGCGCACAGGACCGUCACAGUUACGCGCCAGAUGCCCGCCGCGCCCACCAAGCCUGCCUCGAACUCGACCUGGUCCGUUGGUGGCUUCAAGUACGCCGGCUGUUUCAAGGAUGCGAGCGAGCGAGCCCUCGGCGGCGUCAUCCGCGCCGAUCUGGGCUCCAUGAGCAACGGAAAGUGCAUCUCACACUGCAAGGCGGCCGGCUACGCACUGGCCGGAACCGAGUACGGCGGACAGUGCUACUGCGGAAACGAGCUGGUGGGCUCCCAACACCUCGAUGAUGGGAAAUGCGAGAUGCCCUGUGAAGGUGACGCAUCGCAGGUCUGUGGCGGGGGCUGGGCUCUCUCCGUGUACAGCAAGGAUGGCCAUGCUGCGCUGAAGGGGACCAAGAGUCGACGGCAUUUCCACCACCACGUGAGGCGGCACCGCAGCUAUCACUCCUGA